ACUCCUGAUUUUUCCAUCCUGAUGAGCUCCCAAAAUCCUCUUUGUUCUCCUGUGGGUCCCACUGGGCUCUUCCCACUCCAGGGAAUCCUCAGCUUUGCCAAGUGGGAAAUUUUCCAGCUCUGAGCCUCAGCUUGGUGGAAUAAUCCAGAACAAAAAAAAAAAGGUGAUUUUUUUUUUUUUUUUUAAUCCCAGGUUUAUAAAAAUAAUCUUACACCAGCUGGGAUCCAUCCAGAGGGAGAUGAAGAUCCCAAAGGAAGUUUUAUAAGGACUUGUAUAAAUAUAAAUAAUUAUUUCUAGGGAAAGCUCCUGGUAAAGAAUCUUUUCCUGCUGGGAUAUGAAGGAGUUAAAACCUAAAUGGAAUUUAUUCGGUGAUGGGGGAGAGAAUCAAUUCCUCCCUCACUCAGGUCAAAACUGGAUUUUUUCCAAAGUGGAUCCAUGAAAACUCCAGCAUUUUGAGGCUUCCCCAUCUCUGAAUUCAUUCCUGUGAAUUCCUUCCCCUUUUCUCCAGUGGCAAAAGAGGAAAAUCCCUGGAUUUGUGCCCCAGCCAUAAACAGCUUUUCCAUGGGGUGGUGUUUAUGGCCAGUUGGUUUGGGUGGGAGGAACAUUGUCCUGAUUUCUGGGAUGUGCUUUUCCAAUAUUCCCACAGAACCAAGUGACCGACACCAACCGGAAGCUGCAGAACGAAGGGAAGGAGCUGCUCCUGGCCAUGGAGGAGCUGAGGCAGUGCAGGCUGCAGCAGAGGAACAUCUCAGCCACGGUGGAUAAACUCACCCUGUGCCUCCCUGUGCUGGAGAUGUACAGCAAGCUACGGGAGCAGAUGAAAUCCAAGAGGCACUACCCUGCCCUGAAGACCCUGGAGCACCUGGAGCACACCUUCCUGCCCCAGGUGAGCCACUACCGCUUCUGCCAGGUGAUGCUGGCCACCAUCCCCCGGCUGCGCCACGACAUCCAGGAGCUCUCCAUGGGCGACCUCAAGGAUUUCCUGGAGAGCAUCCGCAAGCACUCGGACAGGAUCGGCGAGAGCGCCAUCAAACAGCAUCUGUGGGGCCUGAGGGAUCCCAGCAGUGGAUCCACGUUCCCUGGGCAUGGCUGGAAAAUCCAAAGUUGAACUCCAGAGGAAAAUCCAAAGUUGAAUUCCAGGGCAGUCAUGUGUUGGCCCAGCUUUUUGUGUGGUUGCCUUUUAGACCUUUUUAAAAAAAAAAAAAAAAUCUUAGAAUUCAGAGGGUGUUGGAAAUAAAUCCUUUAUCUUCCAAUCAUGGAAUGGUUUGGGUUGGGAGGAGCCUUAAAGAUCAUCCAGCUCCAGC